GUUCUUAUGGUUCUUAACUUUUGAUUUCUUAAAGCUUAAUUAUCAGUCACCAGUCUUCUUAGUUUAGUGGUUCAUAAAACUCUUAGCUUGGAUACUUGAAUUUAAUUUUUCUCUCAAUAUGAUGUCUGAAAACUUUGUUUAUAAAAAUUAUUUAACCAUACAGAGCCUGUUUUCUCAUAUUUGUAACCUGUCCUACUUGGAUCUAAGGUUUGUUGUUAUGGUUCAAUAUUAUAAUAUGUACGAAAGUUCUUUGAAAAGUAAAUAAUUACAAAUGGAGGCUAAUCUCCAUUCAGAUCUGAAGAUUAUGCUUGAUUAAGGAAACAGAAAGUGAGCCAAAGUAUAAAACAAUUUACUUUCUGCCAGUAAGGGGGAAAGGAUAUAUUUAUAUUUUUUAUUUCCUUCAGAUUGGAAGACUAGGCCUGAAACCAAUGAGUCUCUUCCAAAGAUGGCCAUUUCUAUGGAUGAAUCAUCACAGGAGAGACACACAUGCAACUGGGACUUCAGAUUGGGAGAAGGCAUGGAAUAUGAUGAUAAGUUAGAAAUGAAGCUGAGAAAUCAGGAAGGUCAUUUAGGGCAAUUGAAAGUUACCUCUCAGAAAACACUUCCUGAAGGGCAAAAUGAUGAAUGUCAUACAUUUGAAAGAAGCUUCAAUUUGGAGUCAUUAAUUGCUCUACACCAGAAGGACCCCAUCAGAAAAAGUCAACACGAAUGUGAUACAGAUGGAAAGAACUUCAGGCAAUAUUCAAAGCCAGUUAAACAUAGAGAAAUCAACUCAGGGAAUACAUUUUCUAAUUGUAAUGAAUGGGAGAAAUGCUUCAGUUAUCAAUCAGAACUUAUUAAUUUACAUAGAAAGCCUAAUGGAGAAAGAGCUUAUGAAAAUGAUCAGUGUGAGAAAAUCAUUAACUGGGCCGCAGACCUUAUUGGACACCAAAAGAUUCACACUGGAGAAAAGCCUUAUAAGUGUAAUGAAUGUGGGAAGGCCUUCAGCCAGAGCACAAAACUUAUUUACCAUCAGAAGAUUCAUACUGGUGAGAAACCCCAUAAAUGUAAUGAAUGUGGUAUUUCCUUCAUGCAUCACUCAUCUCUUACUUACCAUCAGAGAUUUCAUACUGGAGAGAAAGCAUAUGAAUGUAAUCAAUGUGGGAAGGCCUUCAGCUGGAGCACAGAUCUUAUUAGACAUCAGAGAAUUCACACUGGAGAGAAACCUUUUAAAUGUAACGAAUGUGGGAAAGCCUUUAUCCAGAAUACAAAGCUCAUUUAUCAUCAGAAAAUCCAUACUGGAGAGAAACCCCAUAAAUGUAAUGAAUGUGGUACAGCCUUCAUCCAUCACUCAUCCCUUACCUAUCACCAGAGAGUUCAUACUGGAGAGAAACCUUAUGAAUGUAACCAAUGUGGGAAGGCCUUCAGGCGCAGCACAGACCUGAUUAGACAUCAGAAAAUUCAUACUGGGGAAAAGCCUUAUAAAUGUAACAUAUGUGGGAAGGACUUCACUCAGAGCUCAUCCCUUACUGUACAUCAGAGAAUUCAUACUGGAGAAAAACCCCAUAAAUGUAAUGAAUGUGGCAAGGCUUUCAGUGAACAUUCAUCCCUUAUUUGCCAUCAGAGAAUUCAUACUGGAGAGAAAUCUUAUGAAUGCAAUCAAUGUGGGAAGGCCUUCAGGCAGAGUGCAAACCUUACUGUACAUCAGAGAAUUCAUACUGGAGAGAAGCCUCAUGAAUGUAAUGAAUGUGGUAAAACUUUCAUUCAACAUUCAUCUCUUAUUUAUCAUCAGAGAAUCCAUACUGGAGAGAAAUCAUAUAAAUGCAAUGAAUGUGGAAAGGCCUUCCGACGGAGCACUGACCUUAUUAGACAUCAAAAAAUCCAUACUGGAGAGAAGCCUUAUAAAUGUAAUGAAUGUGGGAAAGCCUUCAUUCGGAGUUCCUCCCUUUCCGUACAUCAGAGAAUUCAUACUGGAGAGAAACCUUAUGAAUGUAGUCACUGUGGACAGGCCUUCAGCUGGAGUAGAGACCUUAUCAGACAUCAGAAUAUUCACACUGGAGAGAAGCCAUUUAAAUGUAAUGAAUGUGGGAAGGCCUUUACCCGGAGCUCAUCCCUUACUGUGCAUCAAAGAAAUCACACUGGAGAGAAACCUUAUGAAUGUAAUCAGUGUGGGAAGGGCUUCAGCAGGAGCACAGAACUGAUUAGACACCAGAAAAUUCAUACUGGAGAGAAGCCUUAUAAAUGUAAUCAGUGUGAGAAGGCCUUCAGCUGGAGCACAGACCUCAUAAGACAUCAGAAAAUACAUACUGGAGAGAAGCCUUAUGAAUAUAAUGAAUUCAAUCCAAUUCAGUUUAAUGAACAUUUAUUUGCCUACUUUAUGCAAGGCACUAUGCUAGACGCUGGGGAUACAAAAACAGAAAUGAUGCAGUCCUUGACCUCAGUGAGCUUACAUUCUAUUGGAAGGAACAAUAUGUUUACAGUUUCGGGGGCUGGAAGCAAAUUUAACCCUGAAGAGAACCAGAAAAAUCUACUACAGGAUAAGGUUCUUGAGCUAAGCUUUUAGUGAGGAGGGAGAGCUUUCCAGGUACAGAGGUAGCAAACUGGAGGUGAUGAAUUUGGAAAGGUCUUGCAUAGAGCACAAAUCUUGCUACAUUUGAGAGAAUUACAGAGUUGAGUGAAAAUCCAUUACUCAAUCCUCUUCCUCAAUUAUCAUCAAAGCAUUCAUCCCAGAGAACAGUUUCAUGAUGUUGCUGAUUGUUUGAAAGCCUUUUCCCCCGCUUUUGAAACAGCAUUUUUCAACUGAACAAAAAUGAGUUAAAUAUAUACCAUUUAUGUACCAAACUGUAUGCUAGAAACUGGCACAAUAAGGAAAACAAGCUAUAUUCUUUCCCCUGAUGAGUGUACCUUCUUAUAAGGAAAUACCUCUACUUGUAGAUAAGAAAGGAGACAUAAAAGAUACAAAUUGAUUUCAAGAUGGAAAAACAGCUAUUGGAGGGAAUCUGGAAAGGAUUCUUAGAGGAAGUGGAACACAGACCAUACUUUGAAAGAAGCUAAGAAUUCUAUAAGAGGAGUGAGGAUGGAGUGCAUUCUAGAUAAGGAACACCACUUAUGCAAAGGCAUGCAUUCAGAAUAGAGAACAUUGCUUGCAUGGACAGUAUGUUGCAGACCAAUUUGUCCAGGGCAGAGAAUGUGAAAGCACAAAAUAAGAUUUGAAAGGUAGGUGGGAGCAACAUUGGAGAGCUCUUAGUGCUAGAUUGAGGGUUCCCUAUUAAAGAAUUAUGGAUGGGUAUUACAGUGACUUUCCAAUUAAAAGGACAUCCUAAUAAUGGAAAGAUUCAUAUUGAAAGAGACACUGCUCUAUAGUGAAUAGAGAGAGAGCCGGACAGAGCUCAGGAAGACCUGAAUUAAAAUCCUGCCCCUGGUGCUUUCUAAAUGUGGAUACCAUUAGUAAAUAAAUUAAUCUUCCAGAGACUCAAGUUCCUCAUCUGUAAACUGGGUUUAAUAACGCUAGUAGUGUCCACAUCUUACAUUAUUGUUGUGAGGCUUCAAGAGAUUCUGUCUGGAAAGAUCUUUUGCAAAAUAUAAAGCAUGAUGUAAACAUUAGGUAUUUUAUUACUAUCACAUAGUUUAUGUUUCUCAUGACCCAGCCACAUACAAUCUGUUUUUAUACACUUAGGGGUAUACACAAGAUGAAAAAAAUAAAAAAGAUUUCACAGGUGGCAGGAGAUAGGACUUUUUUUUUUUUCAGUUCAAAUCCUUACUUAUAAUGUAUCGUAACCUCCAGUAUUGGCAAUCUCCUAAAUAUGUUCCAAGUUCUUUUUGACAGUAUUUACAACUGUAAGAUGCUCCUUUAAAUAUGUGAUUAGGUGCUCUGAUCUCCAGCAUCUGCAUCUUUAGGAAUCUGAGUACUGUUGUCAUUUAACAUUUGUGAGUUAUCUCUACAUUUGGGUUUUCACUCUCCAUGGCUAAAGUGGUAGAGAAUUUCUAACUCUCUUUUGUUAUAUAUCCUGUUAUUUAUUAGUUACAAGGACUUAGAAUACCAGAGUUUGAAAUUAAUAUGUCAGGUAGCUCCAAAAACUAAUUCGUCCCCCCAAAACAUCCUAACACAACUCCAAAUUUCAAAUGAUUCUCUUGCUGUAAAGAUUGCCAACACUCAAUAUGUGUCCAAACUCAACAUGUACCCUGUAUACAACCUAAACUUAGAUUCUUAAUCAUGUCAGUUUUUUCCAAGUCUGUGUAACAUCUUGAUAUUUUCUGCACUCAAAAGGCUUUUGACCUCUCAUCCUCAAAUGAGAAUAGUAAGACUGCAGCUCCUCCAUGAUCCAUCAAAAACUAGUCAUCUGAAAUGUGAUAUUAUGCCAUUUAGUAAGCCAGUCAUUUCACAGAGAAUUCUAUUCCUAGUGUGGAAUAAAAUAUACAUUUCAAUGAUAAACUUAAAAUUUUUCAUGAACAAAAUAGAAUAAGAGAAGCCAUAGAGUGGAAAACUAUCUUUCUUAAACAUCUGAUAACUUAAUUUCCAAAAUAUAUAGGGAGUUGACUCUGGCAUAAAAUGCAGGGCCAUUCUCCAAUCGAUAUGCGGGCAAAGGAAUUGAUUGAAGGAAGAUACCUAAGAAACUACUAAAUAAAACUUGAAUUUUAACUUCACACUUGCAAACUGUCAGAGGCAAAAAUCAUCCCAGUGGGAAAUUAAGCACACUGUUGAUCCCACUAUUCUAGAAAACUAAUGUCUGGACUAGCUUUCUGGAGGUUCUCCAGAUGGGUCUUGAUCUUAGCAGGAUACUCACCACAAGGAUGGUCAGGAAUAGUCUAAAGUCUUUAUUGUCUCCUUCAUAGUCUAUUCAUUCUGACUGACUGAGUCUCCAGUUCUCUCAGCUUUUAAAUACCCUAUUACAAUUAUAUCAUUACAGCGUACUGAGUAUAUGCCAAUUAGAGCCAUUAUAUCAUUCUGUCAAACUAGACUGAGUAUAAUAAUGAUUUAUAUCAAACUAGAUACAUGUGAAUUAGAGAACCAUUAUCAUCAACUCCACUGAGUUAACACCUUGUUGUAAGUAUCCUUGUUUCAAGUAUACUUCUCCAGAGUUCUGAUCCUCUACAGAAAACCAUAUGGUUUAUUCCAGACUAGUUACUAAAUUGCUCUUUCCUUUUGACCCCAGAGAACCCACUAUUGUGAAGAAGGAAAGGUCCCAUAUAUACCAAAAUAUCGGAGCAACAUUUUGUGAUACUAAAAAAACAAACAAAUAAAAUUUUUUAAAAAAAACUGGAAAUAAAGUGAUUGGACAUGGCUAAACGCACUGUAGAAUAUUGAUUUAAUGGAAUGUUGAUGGCUUUGUAAGAAAUAGCAAAUAAUUCUGAGAAGCUUGGGAAGAUGGAAUUCUAUAAUAAGAAAAGGAGAACAAGCAGGAAUAUAUACAGUUACCACACUCCUCGUAGGUGAAGCACAGAAAGGCUGUUGAACUCAUGAAAGGAUCAGUUGAUUCCAGAGUUCAGAUAAAGAAAUAUUUUCUCCAGUUAGUGGAGAAAGCAGUAGACUAUGGAUCCCAGAUAUGGCAUCAAAUAAGGUUACUAUAUUGACCUUUUUGUGGGAUGGAUUUUCUUUAUAAUGAAGUGUGUGUGUGUGGAGAUGCAUGCAUGCAUGUGAAACACAUUGACAAAUCAUUACAAAAAUAUAAAGAUGGCGGAAAAACUUUUAAAAAAUUGACAAAAAUCAAAUUACCAAACUAGAAAAGGUAGUGAAAUUAUAAGCAUAGAAAGGUAAAAGAAAUUAAGAAAAUUGCCUGAAACUAUUAUAUGAGAACUAAAAUUUAUUGACAGCUUCAUAAAUGAAAAUGUCUAAACUCACCAAACAAGAAGUGGCUAAUGACAGACUCGUCUCAGAAAAAGUAAUGAGGUCAUCAAUGAGUUCUCCCAUGUAAAGAUGCCAGGGCUGGCCCUUUCUAAAUAAAUUCUCCCAAACCUUCAAAGAAUGUCAGUAUUUCCUAAAGCUGUGAGAGAAUUCACAUGUCAGGAAAAAUUGAUAAACGUACCAGGAGAAGUUAUGAAACAUGAUGAAGAACUCUCUUAAAUUUAAAACAUACUAUGGAAAUCCCAGAAGUUGAAAUUGUAGGAAGGGGAGGGAGGAGAAAUGUUGGAGUGGAAGUAGUCACAUGUACUGAAAGGCUCCUCCAGAGAAUUCUAACAUAGAGCUAUUAGUUGCAGUCUCAACUCUUUCUUGGUUAUUCCUCACUCUCACCAUGGCCUAUGGCGGCAUUUUUUAAAAGCAAGGACAACCUUAGAAAAACUAUACAUGCAGAGACUGAAAAGAAAGUGCAAGAGCAUAAAGAACAAAUAAAUUGUUAAUAUUUUAUUAGUGUUUCUAUUAUAUUUUGCUUUUAAAAAUCAAAGUGUAAGUAGUUUGGAUUUUACAGUUUCAUUUUGAGAUUAAUUCUGUAUUCUAGUUUGCCUGUUUGUAUUCCUUGAGUGUUGUUUAAAAUAAACUAUUUUAUUUUUAAACCUUUUCUGUA